CCGCUAGAUUUGGUAAUCGAUAGUCGGGCAGCACUGGCUGGGACUCCAGAGCUUCGCUUCAAUUUUCAACGUCCCUUAAAAAUAAGUAUUCUCGGAUAUCAGAAAAAUGAGAUCUUGCUCGAAAGACGGACAUUAAUAGUGGAGUAGUUCGUUUGUUGUUGUGUGCACUAUUGAUACCAACGCGUGCCACGGCCAAGCGAUUUGGUUUAAAGGACGACUUGCCCGUGUAACUGUUGUGGGGUAAGGGCAAGGAGAGAGGGGGUCCGGAGUGCUGGACGCGCAGACAGCGCGGAAUCGAUAUCGAUGGUACGCACCAAAAACCAGUCGUCCUCCUCCAGCGCCAGCAGUAGCAGUACCAAGUCUCCAAUUAAAUCCAGCGGCGGAGCAGGAUCAUCGGGUGGAGGCGUCGGUGGUCGCCAGUCAACACACCGCUCAUCGAGCGCCUCCAACGUUGCCGCAGUUGUAUCCGGCGCUUCAUCUAACGCCGGUGGAGGCUCCUCAAAUCGCCGCACUCCGGGCAGUUCGCCCGACGGAGACGACGACACCACCACUACAGAUGACCUGACCCCUACUACGUGCUCCCCGCGCAGCGGCCACCAUCCGUACGGCGGUUCCUCGUCCUCAGUGCACAAACAGAACCUCUACGUUGUCUCGUUCCCCAUCAUAUUUCUCUUCAACGUUCUACGCUCGUUGAUUUAUCAGCUGUUUUGUAUUUUUCGCUACCUCUACGGGGCGAGCACAAAGGUGAUUUACCGACCGCACCGACGCGAUUGCAACAUCGAGAUCGUUGUGCAGAACUCCUCCAAAGAACAAAAGCAAUCAUUGAACCAUCCUUCCGAGCUGAACGGUGAAGGUGCUGGACAGGAGCAGCAGUUAUCCAAUCAGCCGCAGCGGUUUAGACCUAUUCAACCUCUAGAAAUGGCCGCAAGUCGUCCAGGAGGUGGCUAUUCACCUGGUCCCGGUGAUCCCUUGCUGGCCAAACAGAAGCAUCACCAUCGUCGUGCAUUCGAAUACAUCUCCAAGGCACUGAAGAUUGACGAGGAAAACGAAGGUCACAAAGAGCUGGCAAUUGAGCUCUACCGAAAGGGCAUCAAAGAGUUGGAAGAUGGCAUAGCUGUCGAUUGCUGGAGUGGACGUGGUGAUGUAUGGGAUCGGGCCCAGCGGCUGCAUGAUAAGAUGCAGACGAACCUUUCGAUGGCCCGGGAUCGUCUACACUUUCUGGCGCUGCGUGAAGAGGAUUUGCAAAUGCAGCGUCUCUCCUUGAAGGAGAAGCAGAAGGAGCAGGCUCAAAGCAAGCCCCAGAAGAUGCGAGAGCCCAUGCUAGCGGGCAUGACCAGCGAACCUACUAGGCCUAAGGUGCGAAGCAGUGGCUACGGGCCCAAGGCCACUACCAGUGCUCAGCCCACGGCAUCUGGACGAAAGCUCACCAUUGGAACCAAGCGUCCCGUCAACUUGGCCGUGGCCAACAAGUCACAAACGUUGCCGCGAAACCUUGGUUCCAAAACAUCCAUAGGAGCAGUCCAAAGGCAGCCAGCCAAGACGGCUGCCACGCCUCCCGCCGUUCGGCGCCAGUUUUCUUCGGGACGUAAUACGCCACCUCAGCGCUCGCGAACUCCCAUAAAUAACAAUGGACCUAGUGGUAGUGGGGCUAGUACUCCAGUGGUUAGCGUGAAAGGCGUUGAGCAGAAGCUGGUGCAGCUUAUACUCGAUGAAAUUGUGGAGGGUGGGGCCAAAGUUGAGUGGACGGACAUCGCCGGCCAGGAUGUGGCCAAGCAGGCUCUGCAAGAGAUGGUCAUUCUGCCAUCCGUCCGACCGGAGCUCUUUACAGGUCUUCGAGCCCCAGCCAAGGGAUUGCUGCUGUUUGGUCCUCCCGGAAACGGCAAGACCCUACUGGCCCGUGCCGUUGCCACCGAAUGCAGUGCCACCUUCCUUAACAUUUCGGCUGCCUCGCUGACCAGCAAGUAUGUGGGUGAUGGCGAGAAACUGGUGAGGGCUCUCUUCGCAGUUGCCCGUCACAUGCAGCCCUCCAUUAUUUUCAUCGACGAGGUGGACUCUUUGCUCUCCGAGCGAAGCAGCAAUGAACAUGAGGCAUCGCGCCGCCUGAAGACCGAGUUUCUGGUGGAGUUCGAUGGACUGCCUGGCAAUCCAGAUGGGGAUAGAAUCGUGGUGCUGGCCGCCACAAAUCGACCGCAGGAAUUGGACGAGGCCGCCCUGCGUCGGUUUACGAAGCGCGUUUACGUCUCACUGCCCGAUGAGCAGACCCGUGAGCUGCUCCUCAAUCGACUGCUACAAAAGCAAGGCAGUCCGCUUGAUACGGAGGCGCUGCGUCGCCUCGCUAAGAUCACAGACGGAUAUUCCGGCUCCGAUUUGACGGCCCUUGCUAAGGACGCCGCCUUGGAGCCCAUCCGAGAGUUAAAUGUGGAGCAAGUGAAGUGUCUGGACAUCAGUGCGAUGCGGGCGAUUACAGAACAGGACUUUCACAGUUCGUUGAAGCGCAUUAGGCGGUCGGUGGCGCCGCAAAGCCUCAACUCGUACGAGAAGUGGUCGCAGGAUUAUGGCGACAUCACAAUCUAGUCUGUUCUAGCCAGCGUGCCGGUCCUCCUCCAUCGGUUCAGUGUGAAUCAGCUGUGAUGUGAGUGUCAGAACGCAACCAUUUGGCGUUGCACUAUUUUUGAUUAUGUGACCCAUGUUUCCUCUCUUUAAUUAAGGUUCUACUCAAUCUGUAGGCUCUUCGUUUCACAAACAUUGUUUGAAUUUGUAUUAACCAGUGAAUUAAUCAAUAUCAUUUCCUUGUAUGCGUUUCUUGUGUUAGCUUAAGAUUUAUUGUAUUUUUUUCGUUGUUUUACCGCCAUGUUUAAGUGGUGCAAGAUCUGUCGUGUAACUCCAUUAUCGUUAUACUCAUUUAACCUAGCGUAUUUGUAAGAAUAUCUAUACUAUUCAAUGAAGUUGCUAGAAUAGUAUUUCCACCCUGUUCUUCAGUUUUCAGUUGUUUUUUCGAAAGCACGUUGCUUUACAAACAUGUUUUUAGAACAUUCCAUAUAGUGGCGUAAUUUUUCAAAGAAGUUCACAUAUACUUCCAUUGUAUCCUGAAACCAAUAGAGCAUAUUUUUGUUGUACAUUGAGUGCCCAUCCACAAGCUAUAUGUAAUCUAGAAGUAAGCGUAGUCCUAAGACCGAUGGGAUAUAUAUUUAAACACACCCACAAAAAUACAUUUACCAGCGCAGAAUCGGAUUUAAGUUUUAAUAGUUAUCCGUAUCGUUAAUCUAGUUUAGUUCCUUUGUUUAAGUCUAUGUACCUACGGUCAUAAAUACAAUUGUCUCCGAAUCACCUA